UCCGGGGCGUGCCGCCGCCGCCGUCGCUGCCGCCUCCGCUGCCGCUGGUGGAAGAAGAUGGCGGAAGGCGGAGCGGCGGACCUGGACACCCAGCGUUCUGACAUCGCGACGCUGCUCAAAACCUCGCUCCGGAAAGGGGACACCUGGUAUCUAGUAGAUAGUCGCUGGUUCAAACAGUGGAAAAAAUAUGUUGGCUUUGACAGUUGGGAUAAAUACCAGAUGGGAGAUCAAAAUGUCUAUCCUGGGCCCAUCGAUAACUCUGGACUUCUCAAAGAUGGCGAUGCCCAGUCUCUUAAGGAGCACCUUAUCGAUGAGUUGGAUUAUAUACUGUUGCCAACUGAGGGCUGGAACAAACUCGUCAGCUGGUACACGCUGAUGGAAGGCCAAGAGCCAAUAGCAAGAAAGGUGGUAGAGCAGGGUAUGUUUGUGAAGCACUGCAAAGUAGAAGUCUAUCUCACAGAAUUGAAGCUCUGUGAAAAUGGAAACAUGAACAACGUGGUAACUCGGAGAUUUAGCAAAGCGGACACAAUAGAUACAAUUGAAAAGGAAAUAAGAAAAAUCUUCAAUAUUCCAGAUGAAAAGGAGACUAGAUUGUGGAACAAGUAUAUGAGUAAUACAUUUGAGCCGCUGAAUAAACCAGAUAGCACCAUUCAGGAUGCUGGCUUAUAUCAAGGACAGGUGUUAGUGAUAGAACAAAAAAAUGAAGACGGGACGUGGCCAAGGGGUCCUUCUGCUCCUAAGUCCCCAGGUGCAUCCAAUUUUUCAGCUUUACCAAAGAUCUCUCCUUCAUCUCUAUCAAAUAAUUAUAACAACAUCAACAGCAGAAAUGUGAAAAACUCAAAUUACUGUCUCCCAUCAUAUACUGCUUAUAAGAACUAUGAUUAUUCAGAACCUGGAAGAAACAAUGAACAGCCAGGCCUCUGUGGCUUAAGUAACUUGGGAAAUACGUGUUUCAUGAACUCAGCUAUUCAGUGUUUGAGCAACACACCUCCACUUACUGAAUACUUCCUCAAUGAUAAGUACCAAGAAGAACUGAAUUUUGACAAUCCCUUAGGAAUGAGAGGUGAAAUAGCUAAAUCAUAUGCUGAACUGAUCAAGCAGAUGUGGUCUGGAAAGUUCAGCUACGUCACUCCUAGAGCGUUUAAGACACAGGUAGGACGUUUUGCACCUCAGUUCUCUGGAUAUCAACAGCAAGACUGCCAAGAACUAUUAGCUUUUCUAUUAGAUGGACUCCAUGAGGAUUUGAAUAGAAUUAGAAAAAAACCAUAUAUUCAGUUAAAAGAUGCUGACGGCAGGCCAGACAAGGUGGUUGCUGAGGAAGCCUGGGAAAACCACUUGAAAAGAAAUGAUUCCAUCAUAGUAGAUAUAUUCCAUGGCCUUUUCAAAUCUACUCUAGUGUGUCCUGAGUGUGCUAAGAUCUCAGUGACCUUUGACCCUUUUUGUUACUUGACACUUCCAUUGCCCAUGAAAAAAGAGCGGAGCCUCGAAGUUUACUUAGUUAGGAUGGAUCCACUUGUGAAACCUAUGCAAUACAAAGUUAUUGUGCCCAAAAUUGGAAAUAUACUAGAUCUUUGUACAGCAUUGUCGGCUUUGUCGGGAGUGCCUGCAGAGAAGAUGAUAGUCACUGACAUAUACAAUCAUAGAUUUCACAGGAUAUUUGCCAUGGAUGAAAACCUCAGUAGUAUUAUGGAGCGGGAUGACAUUUACGUGUUUGAAAUUAACAUCAACAGGACAGAAGACACAGAACAUGUGGUUAUUCCUGUUUGCCUAAGAGAAAAAUUCAGACACUCAAGUUACACCCACCAUACUGGCUCUUCACUGUUUGGUCAGCCUUUUCUUAUGGCUGUACCACGAAACAAUACUGAAGAUAAACUCUAUAAUCUCCUACUCUUGAGAAUGUGCCGGUAUGUCAAGAUGUCUACUGAAUCCGAGGAAACUGAUGGGCCCCUGCGUUGCUGUGAGGACCAGAAUAUCAAUGGGAACGGCCCGAAUGGUAUACAUGAAGAAGGCUCACCAAGUGAGAUGGAGACAGAUGAACCAGACGACGAGUCCAGUCAGGACCAGGAGCUUCCUUCAGAGAAUGAGAACAGUCAGUCUGAAGAUUCGGUCGGAGGAGACAAUGACUCUGAAAACGGAUUGUGUACUGAAGAAACUUGCAAAGGCCAACUCACGGGACACAAGAAGCGACUGUUUACAUUCCAGUUCAUCAAUUUAGGCAAUACUGAUAUCAACUACAUCAAAGAUGACACCAGGCAGAUACGAUUUGACGAUAGGCAGCUUCGGCUGGAUGAAAGAUCUUUUCUCGCUUUGGACUGGGAUCCUGAUUUGAAAAAGAGGUACUUCGAUGAGAAUGCCGCUGAGGAUUUUGAAAAACAUGAAAGUGUGGAAUAUAAACCUCCAAAAAAACCCUUUGUGAAAUUGAAAGACUGCAUUGAGCUUUUUACAACAAAAGAAAAACUCGGUGCCGAAGACCCCUGGUAUUGUCCAAAUUGUAAAGAACAUCAGCAAGCCACAAAGAAAUUAGAUUUAUGGUCCCUGCCUCCAGUACUUGUGGUACAUCUCAAGCGAUUUUCUUACAGUCGAUACAUGAGAGACAAGUUAGAUACUUUAGUUGAUUUUCCUAUCAAUGACUUGGAUAUGUCAGAAUUCCUAAUUAAUCCAAAUGCAGGCCCUUGCCGCUAUAAUUUGAUUGCUGUUUCCAACCACUAUGGAGGGAUGGGAGGUGGUCAUUAUACUGCUUUUGCAAAAAAUAAAGAUGAUGGAAAAUGGUACUAUUUUGAUGACAGUAGUGUCUCCACUGCAUCUGAAGAACAAAUUGUGUCCAAAGCAGCGUACGUCCUCUUCUACCAGAGACAGGACACUUUCAGUGGGACUGGCUUCUUCCCUCUGGACCGAGAAACGAAAGGUGCUUCAGCUGCCACGGGCAUCCCCCUGGAAAGUGACGACGACGACAGCAAUGACAAUGACAAUGACCUAGAGAAUGAAAACUGUAUGCACACUAACUAACGAGAGUCCCAGAAGCCAUAGAGAGACCUUCCUGCUGGUGGUGGCGAUGGCAGUGGAGUUCUCCACCACAUUAAAACACAAGUCUGAGAUGAGGAGUUUCAGAUAACCGAAUGUAAAUCCUUUAUCAGAUUUUAACUUGUGCAGUACUUGAAGUGAAACACAAUGAAAACUUUAACAGAAAUUGUCUCUUAAUACAUUUACAGUCUUGUAUUUACAAGCUAAAUAUAUAUAGGAAAUCACAAAUAAACCCCUUUUAAGUUUGCUGCUGUUUUGACGAAUUAUGUUUUCUUUAAUUUUUGGAUGUGACUUAACUGAUGACAAAUGUUAAACUUGUGGAUGUUGGUCGUUCAUUUUGCUCGAAUAAUACUGCAAGAAAGCUAUGACUGAGCUUAGAUCUGGGUAAUCUAGUUCAUGUGUGUUAGGCUGCUGUCCGCACCGCUCCGGUCCUCACUGCAGUGUCAGUGUGGUACAGAAACCGCAGUGUAUCCUUGGAGCACCAGUCUUCAAAUCUGUCCCUGGGAAUCAGUGUGGGUCUGUUAAAAGAAACAAAUUCCAUCAUACCGUGAGAAAUAACCUUGGAAAGAUCUCCUUUUGUUGUAUCAUUAAAAUGCAAAACAUGACAUUUACCUCACUCACCAUGGGAACAGGUUCUAGAUUCCAUACUCCAUCGAAAGUCAUUUUUCAGCUACAUGUAAGUAUUUUUCACUACGAUUGGAAUCUGUUCUUUAAAAUUUCAAAUUCGUUUUGGUUUAAAAUGCUUAUCUUUAAUCCACUGUUGGUCCAAAAUUCAAUUUUUUGCUGUCUGUUGUUCUUUACCCCAUUUUUGGUAAUUUAGCAACUUUUUAGCUCUCCCAAUUACUGUAAUGUAAGGACAGGCUGAAUAAUAUUCUGUAUCUGUAGUAAUAAUUGCAUCAAACUUAGGUGAGAGGAUUUUUGUUCAUGUACUAGCCUUUAACUCAUUGGUAACUUGGCUAUAGAGGUAGGUCUGUUAACUUCUCUGUGUGUUCCUGACGGCGGAAUUCACCACAGCCUUACAGCUUUUCUCAGAAGGUAACUUGUCUAAGGGAGGUGGUAUUUGCAUGUUCCCAGAGUCAGACCUGUGCAGCAUAGGAAGCGUACGAACUUUGGGUUUCAUUUUAGUUUCUCACAUUCAAGGAUCCAGGAUGCCAAAUAUACGUGUGAACAUUUGAGACAUUUUCAUUGGCUGCUUUCUUUCCCUGUGAUCCAGUUGAAGGAAUGUAUCAUUGAUUGGCAUACAAUACUGCCUUUAAUAGGAAACGAAAUGCUGGGGCACAUUUCACAUAUGACUACCUGAGAAAUCGCUUUGUGUCCCACUGUUAUUAAAGCAAAAAGUAUAAUGUUCUUCACUUGAACUAAUCAAAUACAAUAGAUAUAAAUUGUGUAUUGUAAAUAAAAGUUCACUCUGUGAGUGCACAUUUUGGUAAAUUAUUUAUUUAUGUUAGCAUUUUAAAAGAAAAAGGAAAAAAAAAUGCAUUUGACCAGGAUAAGUAAGGUAUGUUGAUCAUGGCUUUGCUUUAUAUCUUGAUAUUAAAGCUGGUUUUUCAUCCUGGUCUUUUAAAAGCUGCUUUGGCUGUUUUGUUUUGUUUCUUUUCUUCCUUUUUUUUUUCUUUUUUUCCUUUUUUUUUUUUAUGUAAACUAACCUCCUGCAUGACAGAGGUUAAUAUUUUGUCAGCACUUGGGUUCACUUGAGUUUACAUUUGAAAUGUGCAUGUUUAUUUAUACAGAUUUCAAUAAAGCUAUUGAAGGCCUUAUUUAGUCUUUUAUUUCUUAACUCUGGAACCGUUGAAGUCAAUUCGCUGUUUUCUGCAUAAUGACUUUACAGUCCGUUCUGGUUAGUACAAGGUACAGAGUGAGUCAAGUCCUGUGGAGGACGCUUUAGACUUUGGGUGGCUUUGGUCUGCGUUAUAAGGUACAUAGUCCUGAAGCCGACCUCUCAGCCUUCUGCCUGCCUUCCGAGCUUCCUUUGUUCUGCCCUUGGUCUGUCCUUCCUUCCUUCCUUCCUUCCUUCCUUCCUUCCUUCUUCCUUCUUUUUUUUUUUUUUUUUUGUAAGUUUUUAAGGUCAGUGUUAACUUCUUGUAAACCUAGAUUCGUCUCCACCCUGAUUCUCCGAAGAGUCUAGUUCCUUUUGUUUGUCUGCUUCGUUGACUUGGAAAUGCAUUUGUUUCUUUUUCGAGUGGGUCUCAGGCUGGUCUUCAUCUCACCCUGUAGCCCAGGCCAGGCUCCAAGUCUUUGAUCUUCCUGCCUGGGCCUCUCGAGUGCUAGGAUUACAGAGGAGCACCACCAUGCCCUAACUAAGACCUGUUAAUGCUUGCUUCAAUUUCUUUCCUACUGAAAAGAAAAUUUUUAAAUCAAGAGUGCCGUUAUGCCAUUGAAUGUGUCAAAUGAUAGCUUCAUCCACAAAAACUUCAUAGCAUAAAAAGAAUUAAAAGGAGACAUCCAUAUAGGUAAUACAGGGUAAUAGGAAUAUAUUUAGAUUAGAAUUCUACUUCUAACUUUGCCUGUUAGUAAUCUUUGAACUUAAUCUUUUUAGUCUGUUUCUUCACCUAUACAAUAAUGAUGACAAUAAUAGCCAAUGUUUAUUGAGGGGCUUAUUCUAAACCAGUCAUGAUGUUAACGUGUUUAUGUGCAUUAUCACAUUUCAUCCCACAAAAGCUGUGUGGUAGGAACAGUCACCAUCCUCACCUCCCAUGUGUGUGUUGCAGAGUCCCCACAGUUACUGUGUGGUAAAGUCAGCUUGCAGACGCCCUCAGAUGCGCACCGCCUCACUGUGUUACAGUGCCUUUCUCACCAGGGAACUCAGACAAGGUCGUCGUGUCUUCCAUCAGGAAGUUUUGUGAACAGUGUGGUUCUAGUUACUGAUCUUUAGUCUGCACGGAAAGUGGUGUUAGCUAAUUUUGCUUCUAAAAAUGUCUUCUUCUCCUCUAGUUAGAAGGUGAUGUACUUAAUUUUUCAUUCCAAAAUGAACGUUACCAACUUAUUUACAUUAUUCACUAUUUUAAUUAAACGUUAAAUAUUAUGUGGUAUAUAACUUAAACCAUCGCCCCAAAUUCAACCCUGAAUGUCAAGUCUUCCCCUGCCAUUCUUUUAUUACACCUCAUCCUGUUUGGGAAGGAGAGUGCUUGUGUGCAUGUCACGGAACAUGGGAGGAGAUCAAAGGGCAGCUUAGGCAGGACUGUGUUCUCUUCUCCUACCACGUGGUCCCUGAGAUGGACGGAAGUGCCUUUACCUGCUGAGCCUUCUCACCUUCCUGUGGUUUCUCAGUUGGGGGAGGGACGCCGUGUACCAUGGCGAGCACAGAGUGGCUGAGAGUCACGGAGUCAUUUCUCCUUUCAGAGACCUGUCUCUUGUCAGGGUUUCACAGAAAGUACCUUUACCCACUAAGGCAUCUCACUGGCCCCUGGAUCCAUACUCAACGAUCUCUAUGAAAAAGCUGCAGCCUGACACUUGAAGUCAUUCCUGCUUUUGCUUAUGGUCUGAUUUUGGUAGUUCUGUGUUUACCCUUGCUUUCCAGACAACCAGGUAUUAAAAACCAUACAAAACAUCGAUUUCAGCUUAAAGAAAUCAGCUCAUACCAAACUAGGUGUUGCACAAGGGCAGUGCUCUUCUUUAUGAGCUGAAGUGAGGUGAAGCUGUGUGAUGAGAAGGAAGCCAGGGGACUAUAAGAGACAGUGAGGGGGAUGUUCUUCAGGGUGCACCUACCGAAGGACACAGACGGGAGUUUCCACUGUCACUCACGGGGUUCGGUACUGUGCACAGCUAGCUUUGAGUCGGUGUUACUUCUUUUCAGGACCCUGCAGGCUACUGUUUCACAGCUGCCUGCCUGUUGGUUCUGGCAUGCACAGUUACAGAUGAAGUGGACAUCCUCUUGCCAGCGUAGCUAAGGUGGUACUGUGAGGAGAUACUGUGUCCCGUUUAAGGUCCUCUGAAAGGUCAAAUGAAAACUUAGUUCUGAAGCCAAAGAACAAGGCAGUCUUGGUAUUUUUUACUUUAUAACAAAAUUGAUUUUUUUUUAUUACUGAAUAAUUUGACCUGUCUAAAGAUUGAAGUAGCUUCUCUUGAAAAUAUGCUGAUGCUUUCAGAUAAUUGUUUUAAGUGCUGCUUGAUAGAGAAUAAAUGAGUAUAUUUACACCCGUGGUGUUACAGUUGCAGAUGGGUGUUAUAUAUUGUUUCAUACCCAAAUGUUUUUAAUGAGAAAAAUAUUUUUCUUAAGCAUUCUGGAUUUGGGACCUUUUAAUUCAGUAUGUGUAUGCUUUGUGUGUUUAAUUCAUAUUUACUAUAAGUUACAGAAGAAAUUGCUAAAUAGUUUAGAUGACAUGUUCAUAUAAAACUGGAUAUAUUCAGCUUUUUGUCUUUAAAGAAGCGGCUAAUAAACACAGUCCAAAGAUUAAUUUUUGAUAAUCAUAAGCAUUGAAAAACACACAUAUCAUACCAUGGUAAUCCCCAUCUCUGCUUUAGGGCACCUGCAGCUAGCCAGAGGAGCUGAAGGAAAAGACCCUGUAUUAUGGGAAUUAAAAAGUAGAUGAACUACUUAAAAAAUUGAGUUAUAAUAUUUUGGUAGAGAGAAAAGUCAGAUGGGUCUUAGUGUUGGUUUGUUGUUGAGGUUCUUGCCCAAAUUAUUGUUAAUGUAGUUCUGCAAAGGUGCUAAAAAUAUACAGCUGUCUCUUUGGAAAUGAUACUAUAAAUAGUGUAACACUGUAAAAAUAAGACUGCAUUUUUAAAUAAUUUUUUAUCUGCAUGUGUGUGUAUGUGUGUGUGUGCCACAUGUGAGGAUGUCCAUGGAGGCCAGAAGAGGGCGUUUGGUGCCCUGGAACUGGAGUUAUAAGUGCUUUUGAUCUGCCUAACGUGAGUGCUGAGAACUGAUGAGCUUGUCUUUGGGAAGAAUAGGAAGUGGAAGUGCUCUGUUAACUGCUGAGCCAUCUCUCCAGCCCCAAGAGUGCAUUUUUUAAUAUGCACAAAAUCAGAUAUUUUAAAUGUUUACAUUGUUUUGGCAGUUGACUGUUCUGGGAGGGGGGAGCAUACCUAUGUUUGGUGUUUAUUUUGCUGAAUUCUCCCCCCCACCCAUAUCAGGAAUUUAUAACUCCAUCUAUAUAAUCUGGUGGAAAAUGUGAGUUUCAUCUGCUAUGACCUUCGUUUAGAUUUGUUGCUAGCUACAGUUAGGACCAUGUACACUAAACAGUAAAUCAGGGAACAGCACAACAAACUUAAAUGCAUGUAUUCUAACAUUUUCUUGGUGAUGGCAAGUUCCUCAUCUGAUUCAUGUGGCCAAGAGACUAGGAAACAGACUGGUGUCCCUUUUUAUAAGGUCUUUGCGUUGUCAUUAAGACUUCAUCAUAACCCUAACCAUUGUGGCAUAACCAUUACUCAGUGGCAGCUCUUAAUAGAAGAAGCUCCAUUUUUGGAGAGGUCUGCUCACUAGGAUUGUAUGGCUCAGCCCAGUCCCUACUUCAGUGCCAUCUCUGUUCAUCUCUUUUAACCCCUGUGUUAGGAGUCUCCAGAGAAGCAAAACCGAUAGGAUGUGCAUGUGGAAAGGAAUAAGGAAUUGGCUAGUGUGAAGGAAGCUGGAAAUUUCUAAACUCCACAGUCGUCAAGCUAGACCCCAAAAUGGUGGUAGUUCCAGUCACCAUCCAAAGGCCUGACAACCAGAAAAGCCAGUGACCUUCAUUGUAGCCUAAAAGCCAGCAAGCUUGAGAUCAAGAAGAGUCUUUUCCAUUUGAAUCCAGAGUCCAGGGAAGUCCAGGGAGCCAGUGCAGGGCAGUCAAGCAGGAGCUCUUCAGAUGGGAAGUGUUAACAUCUUUGUUCCAUUCUGGACCUCAGUUGGGGUGAGACUCAACAAGGGAAAGACAGUUACUCUCGGAACAAACUUCUUUUAGUGUUUAUCUCUUCCAAGAACAUACCCAGAAGCAACCAAAAUAAUCUUUACCAGAAUUUUGAGGUGCUCUGUAAACCAGUCUAGUAUAUAUAAACUUAGUCAUUAAACCCCUUGGCAUGUAAGUGUGGUUUAGACACGGUAGACCGCCUGAGUUCUGGACCUAUCACUUCUGUGCACCUCUCACCUGUCUCUCUCACUUUCUUGAUUUAUAAAGUAGGUCAAGGUCAGAAUCUCCAUCAAAGAAUACUUAGACUGAGAAGUUAAUUAGGAGACAGUAAUUCUACCUAUGAAAAAAUGUUUGCUUAGCCAACCGAUGAUUUUUCUUAGGAUGUACAGUUCCGUCGUUGAGGACUAGUGUGAAAUCCACAUUCUCCAUGCACUUAAGUCAUCUCUCCCAGCAUGAAUGAAGUUCCUUAAGAAUGAUCGCAGGAUUUAGAUGGUCUUCAACUUUAUGAAGAGUGCAAAGGGUGUUAUUACUAAGGAAACAGUGAAGACACAGGAUAAUUAUUGCUUGAGCCAUGUCAUCUGCUAUAAUGGUGCUUGAGGAAAAAGGUAAAAAUUGCCCUCAUCCAAUUUCUUACCUUCCCUCUGAUGCAUUCUACAGUUUUACCAUCUAGGGCUUUCCCAUGCGUUCUGUUGGCAUGGUUUGCUUUAUCUACUACCAGGUGAACUUUCACACUUCUUCCUCAAGACACAUCUACCCCAAACUUUGUUUCAUCUGUUGAAUCAGUUGCCACUCUGGCUAUGUAUCAUGAGUCUGUCUUCCCUGCUACACCUGAUAGAAUACAGUGAUAUAGGGUAUAGUGUUUCUGUACAUAACUGUUAAAAGGAGACAUUUUCUCAAGGCAGACCUGUACUCCCAUCCCAGGAGGCUGUGGCAGGGGCAGAAGGAUCAUACACUUACGGGUCUUUGAACUACAGACUGAGUUGAAGGCCAGACUGAGCACUUUGGUAAGAACCUGCCUUGGAAAUAGAGAAUGCAGGCUAGGGAUGUAGCUCAGUAGAGCCCUUGCUUACGUCUCCAGCAUCAUUGUCCUUGUGAUUUCCAUAUUUCUUAUAGUACUGGGCAUAUGUUUGAAGUUUAAACUAGAUACCCUUUUGAGUGUACACCAGAAAUAGUAUAUGAUAAGGAAUACCCUGUGUCCCCAGUACGGGGGCGGGGGCUUAAAUGCUAGAUGCAGUAACAUUUUAAAUUCAGUACCUUUAUGAAAAAGUAUGUUGAUUUGCACUUAAAUUAGCUUUUCUAAAGUCUGAAGCCCUGUGUCUAUCUGUAAUCUUUUCACAUAAUAAUGUUUAGGGUUUUGUUUAUAUUUUUAUGGAUUUGCAGCUUUGUUACUCAAAUGCUAUCUGUGUAAGCUUGUAUAUUUUUCAGGAAGGGGUAUGCUGGUCUCAAGAUAGAGCAUGUAGUAAGUGGCUCUUAUUAAAUGGUUCUUGUUUCAUGGGUUGUCUGGGAACUUGUACUGUAAGAAAUUCUUUGUUCCAAUAAAGAAGACAUUGCUGCUAUCGUUCGCUCCUAUCAGAGAGCAACCCGAAUUUCCAUUUGUGUAGAGGCCCUCUUUCCCUAGGACUGAUAGACACCCCUGGUUGUAAAGAGACAAGAAUAGCCUUUUAAUCUGAGGAAGGGAUACCCCAGACAUUUCUCUGCCUAGUAUAGUUGCCUAAAGAAGAGCAAGAGGCUUACUUGGUUCUGUUUUCUGGUUUUAGUUUUGGGGGCUUUGUCGUGGCUUGUUUGUGUCAAUCAUCUAGACAGGAUCUUAGAACACUUUUAGAUGACACAGGAGAUUGUCAUCCAGGACUGGUGAGAUGGCUAACGAGUAAAGGCCCUGACCUGAAGCCUGAUGACCCGAAUUCCAUCCCUGGUACCCACAUGGUGGACGGAGAGAAACGUCUGUCAAGUUGUAUUGAAAGUCCUUUAUAAUUUGCACUUCAGAUACUCUAAUACUUCUCUUUGCAAAUUCUGGAUUUUUCACAAGUUAUUCUAUUCAUGUGAGUGUUUCACAUAGUGUUAGACUCAUGACCUGUUCCUGGAGCCAAUGUCCAGAAGAGCUGGCAUACUUUGUGAAAAAAAAAAAAAAAAAAACAACUUUGUUUUUUAGAAAAUGGAGAAUCCUCCUUUAACAAAAGUCCUGUUCACUUUUCCCCAAAAAAAUUACAAAGUGACAUCUUGAAACUGGGAUGAGAGUGGAGAGGUAUGUCACAUUAACCUUGACCACACUCUAACUCUGUGUGACUAAUGUCAAACAUUAACAGUCCUCGGAGCCAAGAUUAUGCCCUUUUAUCCCUAAGACCACAAGCUUUGUCUCGUGAAGUUUGAACUUGAAAAGCAACAAAAAAAAAAAAAAAAAAUGGAAUUUUUAACUCUAGCACAUAGCUCUUGAUGAAAUUCAUGGGUUCAGGACCUUUUCAGGUGCUAUGGCUCUUACCCAGGGCCUCACACAUUAGGCAAGCGCUCACCCUCUCAGCCGCAUCCUUAGUCUCUGACACUAUCAUUUCAGUGACACGGUUCACAAUAUAGAUGAAUGUAUAGUGUAUAAACAGAUACUGCAUUACAAUGUAUGAUGCCAUUUGUAAUAUCAAUAAAUGUAAUAAACAUGUUUUGGUCAAUUUAA